AUGGCGGGAACAUCAUCGUCAUCAAAAAUGACGGAAGCGGAGAUCGACAAACUGACCGUGGCGAAGUUGAAAGCGUUUUUGGAUGAGAAAGAAAUCGCGUACGAGAAGAAAGAGUUAAAAGCGACUUUGGCGGCGAAAUUGAAAGACUUUAUGAUGAAAGAAGAAGACGAAGGAAAAGAAGAGAAAACGACGAAGAAAAGGAAAGCGUCUUCGGAAGAAGAAGAAGAGCCAUCUUUACCCGUGUCUGAAAAAGAAGAAGACGGAGAAGAAGAAGACACGAAGAAGAAGAAGAAAAAAGUUUCGAUCGCGAAGAAGAAAUCGAAGAAGGAAGAAGAAGAAGAAGAAGAAAAGAAAGAGUUUUCCGACGACGACGAUUCAGACAACGAUAAAGAAAAGGAAGAUGUAAAAACGUUGGAAUCGUUGAUCGCGGACCCGCUUAACCCGGAAAACUGCACGAUGACGGUGUACAUCAAAGGCAACGAAGGACGUUUGAUUGGGAAGAAAGGGGAAACUUUGAAAUACAUCGAAGCGAGGUUCCGAGCGUCGAUUAAAAUCGACCGGGAGAGCGGCACGUGCGCAGUGAAAGGUCCGACCAGCGAAAUGGAAGAGUGUAAGAAAAUCAUUCAAGAGGUGUGCGAGACCGGGUCAAUCGCGGACAGACAUCCGGCGUCGAGCAUACAACAAGGCGCCGUGUUGAAGGAACACGAGACGUUGAACGGGAUUUCAGCCGCCAACGUGAACGCGUAUUCCAUCGAGGAGGAGUCGUUACCGGAAGAGUUGAGAGGUAUUCCGAACGAUCAAGAAGUUGCGAUUGAAAUUCCGUGCCCAGGAAAGGAAGGACGAGUGAUUGGCAAAGGCGGCGCGACGAUUCGCGACAUCGAACGCGUCUCAGGAGCAAACUUGAAAGUCGUCAAAGGUUCGGGCAUCUGUAACGUGCAAGGCAAACGAAUAGACGUUAUUCGAGCGAGACAGGUGGUUUUAGAAACCAUGGCUUUAGAGACGGAUACGUUCGGGAUGCAAAGGAUGCAAAAUCAACAGCAACAGCAACAAAUGAUGACGCCUUCGCAAUACGCGGCUAUGCAAAUGGGCGGCGGCGCCGGAGGUGGCGUGUACGGCGGGUAUUACGGUGGUGCUGCUAACGUGUACGGACAGCAACAAGGCGGUGCUAAGGAAGGUGGUAGUAACAUCAACCCGAUCAUCCCGGAAGGCCAAACGAGAAUUAUCAUCCCGACCCAAGGCCACGAAGGUAGAAUCAUCGGUAAAGGCGGCGCGCACGUGAAAUUGCUUCGCGAUAGAACCGGGUGCGACGUACAAAUGGAUCGAUCGAAACAACCUGUAACUUGCGUCAUCACUGGUACCGCGGCGAACGUAAAAGAGUGCGAACGAUUAGUGAACGAAGCGAUUGAGAAGGCGAACCAAACGUUCGGCCCGAACGGCCAGAGAAUGUACGCCGCUCAACAGCAGCAACAACAAUACGGCAUGGCGUACGGACAACAGGCUGCGGCGGCACCGGUGAACGUAUACGGUGGCGCCCCGCAAACGGCGCAAGUUUACGGCGCAGCGGCGGUUCCUCAGGUGUACGGUGCAGCAGUGCCGCAACAACAACAACCGCAACAACAACAACAGUUGAUGCAACAGUAUCAGCAAUAUUAUCAGCAGCAACAAGUCUACGCGGCUCCUCAACAACAAGAAUACGACCCCUCACAGCCGCAAGCGGUUGCUGCGGCUGCGGCGAGCGAUUGGGCGACGUACUACUCGGAAGGGAAGCCGUACUAUUACAAUAGCAAAACUGGCGAGACGAAAUGGGCUUAA